AUGGCUCGCAGCUCUGUCCGUGACCGUGACCGCGACCGUGACUCUGUCGUCCCGAGAUCCAGAUCCAGUUCCACUGCUGUAGGACCGCCAGAAUCCAGCAGAGCCAUCGCGCAGCAGUCUCGUCCCGAACCCCCCAAGUCCAUCCUCCCCUUCCCUCCCCGAAGCCCCCUAUUCCCAGAUUCCCACUCUCCAUCAGUAUCAUCCCUUCGCCACAAGGGCAGCCAUGUCGGCAUGAAAGCUCUCGGCAUGCCGCAGCUCCAGCACAGGCAGCAUCCCCCCUCCCUUCACUCCUCCUCCUCCUCCUCCUCCCACAGCCGCCCCCUUCCUCCGCGCCGUCUUCCUCGCGCCCUUCCCGGCGCCAGCACCAGCACCAGCCCCCCUCCGCGAACCGCCGACGACGCCCUCCGCCCGCACGCAGACCUCCUCCCCGACCCCCAAGCUCAGCACCUCCGUCCCACCAGCAUCGUCGCCAUCGUCAUCACCAUCACCUCCUCCCCCAGAGCCGGCCUCAGACUCAAAGAACCUCGUCGUGCGCAGCAUCCUCGUGCCCCACCCCCGCACCUCCUUCUCCCCGUCGUGCGCGCUGACCCAGCACCGCGCCCGCAGGCCCCGCGCCGUGGCCCGCCCCUCGGGCGCGCCGAGCAGCACGUUGCCCCCGAGCCACCAGGGGUUGUCGACGGCGUCGAAGCAGUGCAGCAGCGCCGUCAGCGGCAGCGCGCCCGCGGGGCAAAGGUGCAGCGCCGCGUAGGCGCGCACCGAGGGCGCCGAGAUGCCGUGCGGGGAGAAGAGCACCGACAGCGUCUUUUGCGUCUGCUUCUUCUGCGUCUGCGACGACGCCCUCCUCGUCGUCGGUCCCGGGUUUGUACUGGUGGUGGUGGUGGUGGUGGUGGUGGUGUUGGACGUGAGCGUCGUCUGCCGCGAGAAGGGCAGCGAGGACGUCGAGCGGGCGGAGCGCAGGGACGGGCCGGGAGACGUCGGCGUCGUCGUCGUCGUCGGCGUGCCGUCUGCCCAAGGAACGGUGGGCGACGCCAGCGACCCCGCGUCCCGGCUCGACGUCGACGGCCGCUUGUUGUUGUUGUUGUUGGGCGACAACAGCAUGCCCGGCAGCUGGGCGAGGGACCUGCGCAUCCUGACCACGCGCUGCUGCUGCUGCUGCUGCUGCUGCUGCUGCACCGGCGGCGGCGGGCCAGCACCAGCACCAUCGCCUGUCCUGCCGCCGCGGCCGGCGCCGCCCUCGACCGUCGGCGCCGGCACGCCGGGCGGCCGGUACGUGAUGCCCACGGCGCCGUGCAUGCCGCCCACGUCGCGGCGCUGCGGCACCCACGCGACCGUGACCUCGCCGUCGAGCCCCAGCGGGAUGCGCACCAGCGCCCGCCCCGCCUCGUCCCAGCGCGGUAG